AUGGGCAUCAAUCCCGACGCUCAUUCCGAACGCUUCAUGGAGCUUACACAGAAUCCCCAUCACCGAACGGCCCCCGGCGAGCCCUACCAGCACGUACCUAACCCAAAUCUACUGCAUGGCGAAGCCAUGACUUCUGCCAUCCAUGGCGAAGACUUGGUCUCUCGACAUCGAACCGCGUCGACCUUUGACACCGAGAGCCAGUCACCCACGCAUUACUCCUCUUCCGAUCCUCUAGACCUCUCGCGCCGGCUGAAGUCCAAGUCCGAACUAGACCACAUCACUGCGAACACCGCUCGCAAACGCAAUGCUAUCUGCAACCCUAUGAUCAUCACGGGCCAGACGCAACGGUCCAAGAUCUCAAAUUUUUACGAGUCCCAGAAUGAGCAGAUCCAGAGGUUGCUGAAGCCGGUGGAUGAACACGUCCGGGAAGCAAGAGACACACAGGCAUCCAACCAUCUGCGGUACCAGAUCGCGGUGUACGGCAGCUUCGUGGCCAACAUCAUCCUGGCCGCGCUCCAGCUCUACGGCGCCAUUGCUUCUGGUUCUCUUUCCCUCUUUACUACCAUGGCCGACGCCGUCUUCGACCCGAUGUCUAACGUUACCUUGAUCUUGUCGAACAAGGCUGUGCAAAAGGUCGAUGCCAGGAAAUUCCCGGCAGGAAGAGCGCGCAUCGAAACAGCCGGAAACAUCGUGUUCUGUUUCCUUAUGACCGCUGUCAGUUUCAUUCUCAUUGGCUUUUCCAUCCAGGAGCUUGUACGGGGCCAUCAAAGCGAGACUAAGAGUUUCCAUCUCCCGUCCGUCAUCGCUGUAUCAGUUGCUUUCUGCACAAAACUAGGCCUGUUUCUAUACUGCUGGGCCCUGCGGAAUCAAUACUCGCAAAUCCGUAUCUUGUGGGAAGAUCAUCGAAACGAUCUCUUCAUCAACGGCUUCGGUGUGCUGACGUCCGUGGGUGGCAGCAAACUGCGAUGGUGGCUUGACCCUGCUGGUGCCAUUGUCCUAUCCGUUCUCAUCUCUGUUCUCUGGCUCCACACCGCAUACUCGGAGUUCCAGCUUCUCAUCGGCAUCACUGCCGACACGGAAACACAACAACUGAUCACCUACGUGAGCAUGACACACAGUGAACACAUCAAACAACUCGACACCGUCCGUGCUUGGCAUUCCGGGCCGCGUCUAGUAGUUGAAGUCGAUGUGGUCAUGGACCCCCAGGAGAGCCUGAGAGUUUGCCAUGAUGUGGCAGAGGACUUGCAGAUGAAGCUCGAGAGCCUGCCAGACGUGGAACGAGCGUAUGUCCACAUCGACUAUAACGGGCAUCAUCCACCGGAGCAUUUCCUGAAGAAGGAACUAUGA